AUGUCUCGCCUACCGGCCGCCGCCACCGCCUCAGCUCCGAGUCCUGCCUCGAAGAUCACCUUUAAGAUUACACUCACAUCUGAUCCCAAGCUUCCCUACAAAGUGCUAACGGUGCCCGACAACGCCCCCUUCACUGCUGUACUCAAGUACGCGGCCGAAGAGGUAAGUGUCCACCAAUUGAACCAUUCAUUACCCACUCGCGAGUCGUGUCUCAUAUCAUAUCCAUUGACAGUUCAAACA